AUGCAUGCGCAGGUCUCAAAUGAGAUCUUCCAAUCUACCGACUGCGAUGAGAUAUAUGCGCUGGGGAUCGACCCCGACGCUGGAUAUAUGGAGGUCUCUCGAGGACUUGAUGUCCAAAAACAAAACCCAGCCAGCAGGGUCAAGAUGACUUUGAACCGAGAGACCAGUCUCCACUUCCAAUGA